AUGGAUCAAACCUCGAAUGGCAUGGAGGCUAUGGACUCUAGGGAAGCUGAUUUCGAUGUCGAUGCUAUUUGUGAAAUUAUUAGGGUUCGUGUGUGUACUGGGCUUACUCGGGUUUGUAAGUUGUUGAGGUCGCUCGAUGACUACAUGAUGCACAUGGGGAAGAAUGAAGAUCAGAAUAACUUGAUGUCCAACAGAGAUAUGAUCAAGGGCGUGCUCCUCCAACAAGCAGUUCAGGCUGUUGUGGCCACAAUCCUCUUUGUUUUAUUUCGGAAUGCUGAAAGCAACGCGGAGGUGAAAGCUUUGGAUGUGGAUGCAAUCUUUAUUUCUCACAUUCAGUUUAACCGGGCCUAG